AUGCUUGGAAAUAAUUGCGUGUCGUUUAUGUUUGAGGAAAUUCGAUACGAACUCAAUGGUACUGAGAUUGAUCGUAACAGAAACGUUGGAAUCACUAGUCUUUUGAAGGGCUAUGCAUCGUUUUCAGGUGACUUCGCACAUUAUAUGGAGAAUGCCGGAUUUCCACAUCCGGUGUUUGAAGAGACUGUAAGAAGACUAGUGGCACAUGAUGAAUAUUUUAAUUUUUACGUACCGUUGUUCAUGUUGUUUGGCUUUUGCGAAGAUUACAAACGUGUGAUACAGUGGCGAAUGCCUCACGUUACGUUGAACGAAGUCAAUAAACUGUCUAUGCUGCGUACCUUGGAGAACGGACGACAUCUGAGUAUGAGUUUCCGUUCAUGGGAUCUGUACGAGUAUCCUCUAUUGCCGAGCACGACGAAGCACUCGUGGGCUAUCAAGACUGCGACUCAGUUCGAAAAGCCGCGAUACGUCAUUUUUGCUCUGCAGACUAAUAGAAAAAACAACAUGGCAGCACGUAAAACUUACCUCUAUGAUUGUAAAUUAACCAACGUGAAACUCUAUCUGAAUUCUGAAUUUUUUCCGUACGAUGAUCUGAAUCUAGAUUGGAACAAACACAGAACCGCCAUUUUGUACGAUAUGUUCAUACGUUUCCGUACAUCUUACUAUCAAAUCCCCUGCGAAAGGAGUGAAACGUUAUUCAGGACAGAUACUUUUAGGGAUCUUUUUCCUCAAGUAAUCAUUGACUGUUCGUGA